AAAGAUAAAACGGGAAAAGGAAGAGGAAAUACGAAGAAUAGACCGUAGGGAGUGUAGGUUUCAGGAUUGGGGGAAGACGGGCACUCUGCAAUUCACAGCGGGGAAAGCGAUGGAUCCGGGUUGUUUAACGUGCACGCCUUCUAGGUCUACGACUACGAGGUUCAUCAACCAUGGCGUCGUCGUGCUGAAACCGGUUGGGACAGACCAUCGCCGGUUGAUUCGAACCAUAUCUGCUGCUUCUUCGUCUUCUUGUUAUUGCGCCCGGAGUCGGAGUAGGAAUGGACCCCCCGUCGCCGCCUUGUCUGUUAAGGCGUCAUCGACAGAGAGCUUCUCCACUCGGCCGCGAACUCUGUCUAGCAAUUGGGAUGUUUCCGGCAACCAUGCUUCUUCGCCCACUUGGCUACCCAGAUUCGAAGAGCUCGAUACCACCAACAUGAUUCUUCGCCAGCGAAUCGUCUUCUUGGGCUCUCAGGUUGACGAUGUUACAGCAGAUUUCAUCAUAAGUCAACUUUUGUUUCUGGACGCUGAAGACCAGAAGAAGGACAUUAAACUUUUCAUAAAUUCUCCUGGUGGUUCUGUAACUGCUGGUAUGGGAAUUUAUGAUGCUAUGAAGUUAUGCAAAGCUGAUGUUUCUACUAUUUGCGUGGGCCUUGCUGCAUCUAUGGGUGCCUUUCUCCUCGCUUCUGGUACCAAAGGGAAAAGAUUUUGCAUGCCUAAUGCAAGAGUGAUGAUUCACCAGCCACUUGGGACUGCUGGGGGAAAAGCAACAGAAAUGAGCAUACGGAUAAGAGAAAUGGUGUACCACAAGAUUAAGCUGAACAAAAUCCUAUCAAGAGUUACUGGGAAGCCAGAAGAGCAGAUUGAAGUUGACACUGAUCGUGAUAAUUUCAUGAAUGCUUGGGAAGCAAAAGAAUACGGGCUAGUGGAUGCAGUUAUUGAUGAUGGUAAACCAGGGUUAGUUGCACCCAUAGGAGAUGCAGCACCUCCACCCAAAACCAAGGUGUGGGAUCUUUGGAAAAUCGAAGGAAGCAGGAAAGCAAAAAAGAAUUUGCCCUCGGAGGAAAGAUUUCUACAAAAUGGCUAUGGAGGAUCUGGAAGCGACGAGGAGAGGGGCAAUGAACAGGAAAAGGAAGCACCCUCUCCAGUUUGAGGCAUGGGACUCGCAGGCCCCAAAACACAAGGUCCACCCCUUGUUGCAGCCAUGCUCUGAGGAGUUAAAUCAGUCCCAUCAUGUAAGGAAAUAUGAAAUCUGCAAGUGAUUGGUCCUUUCAUGUAUACAAUUUUAUAAACGUUCAGAUACAGGUGCUAUUUUCCAUUUAUAUGAUAUCAAACAGUGAGAGUUUUUGGCCUUUA